AUGGCCGGCGCAACUACAUGGUGGAAAGCAUACAAGGAGGUGUUCCAACAAGAAACAUUGGCUCGGUUGCUCUUCGACCUUCACAAAAAACAUGGCGAGAUUGUUCGAAUAGGUCCAAAUGAGCUCCAUUUUGGGAAGCCUUCUGCAUUCCACGAUAUCUACCAUGGGAACAAUAGAUGGGACAAGGAUGAAGGCCUGUACCGGACACCUGGUGUCCGCUCCGCAUCCUUCGUCUUCCUCGAAUAUAAAGACGCAAAGGAACGGAGGGAGGUACUUCAACCAAUGUUUUCUAAGAGAGCCAUUCAAAAUAUCGAGGGUCUCGUCUGGCGAAAUGCAAACCGCCUAGCCUCUGCCAUAACCAGAGUCAACACAGAGAAAAGCUCGGUCGACUUUCUAUACGCGUUCCGCUCCUUUACCCUCGACACUGUCAUGUAUUUUACCUUCGGCAACUGUGUGGACGCAUUGGAUGCGCCGGCCUUUGCUGAUCCCUUGAUGGUUACAAUGGACGCCAGUUUACGAGCUCUCCCUCUUUUGAAGAACUUCCCGCUUAUCCGAAAGAUCGCCUAUUCCAUACCACCAUCUUUGAUUAUGAAGGCAUUACCCGAUGCGGAGAGAGUUGCCCCAAUAAUCUACCGCGUACGGGCAAUCAUCCAAGAGCAGCUACAGGUGGUGCUACAGAAUCCCGAAAAGCUAGACGAGGCACCACACCAGACAAUCUUUCACCAAAUGUUGGACGCGAAAGCUCACAGGAGCAAAACGGUCCCUGACUCCACCAAGUUACAAGAUGAAGGUUUACAGUUGAUUUUCGCUGGCGCAAAUACAGUUGCUGAUACCCUGCUAAUGGGCCACUGGAACAUACUAAACCAACCAGAAUUACUUGCACGACUGAAAGCCGAGUUACUUACUGUAUGGCCAGAUCUUCGGACACCACCCAGUCAUAAAGAUCUCGAAACAUUGCCGCUCCUGACCGCAACAAUCAAAGAAUCCCUGCGACACAUUCCAAUGGGCGUGUCCCUGACACGCGUUGUGCCCCCCACAGGAGCUGUUAUAUCCGGCCAAAACAUUCCUGGCGGCACUAUAGUUGGCAUGUCCAUACUCCACGUCCACCAAUCCGAGGAAAUCUUUGAGGACGCUCUUAGUUUCAAACCUGAUCGGUGGCUGCGGGAAGGGUUCUCUAAUCGUCCUUCCCGAGCUUUCCAAUCGAAAAGCACGACCCCGAACCUAGAAGUCGACUCGAUCAGUACGGCGGGCCAGCACGAUUCCGGUUUGACUGAGGAACAAGUCAGCUUCUUCCAUCAAAGCGGCUAUCUGGUGGUAGAAGCCGUCCUUGAGCAAGAAAAGAUCCGAGAAAUGAUCGAAAGCAUGAUGAGAACGGUAGAAGAUCUUUUCGACAACCAAUCUCCCGCACGAAAAGAACACUUCAUAGAAGGGGGCAAAACAGGUGUAACACCCAACGGGCGUCUCAUCGCAUCCCUUAUCAACGGUAAGCCCAGCCCAGUCCAAGACUUCCUCUGUACACCCACGGCCCCUAAACCCCAACCAGCAGAAUGCCCAACCGACCCAACUCUCUCCCCCUUCCAACGAAUCCGCCGUAUGGGCACCGGCAUCCACCGGCUCCUCCCCCCCUUCCGGCACGCCACAUUCACACACCGAAACCGGCGGAUCGCCCGAUCUCUAGGCCUGCAAGACCCGCGCGUCACGCAGAGCAUUAUCAUCAAUAAAGCGCACGCACUGCGUGACCUUUUGGUACGCUCUCCAAGACGCCACGGAGGAGAUAACAUGUUGCCGCUCACGCGGCGUUGUCGAGCCGGCGAGUCUGGGCUGGCUGAAUUUGCGGCGUUGGAGAGGCCGGUGUAUGCGGCUGAGGUUGAGCAGGGGAUCGUUGAGCGCUUGGAAAUUGGAAGAAAUGCAGAUGGUGGCUACGUGUAUGAAAAGCUUGAGGUGAAGGUCGGCACGUUGGUUCUUAUGCAUGGGAAUCUUGUUCAUGCUAGUGCGGCAAAUCGGAGUUCUAAGAGUAGGAUUGCAUAUAACUUUGGAGUUGUGGAGGGUGGGCUUCCUUGGCCCGAUGAUGCGUACUUGCAGCCGUAUGAGGGUCAUAGGGAUUUUGAGAGGUUGGAGUGUAAAGCGUGA